AUGAAAUUCUCUCUACAAAACCCAUCAACGACAUUCUCAACCUCCUCAUGUUGCUUUCCUCUUUCUCAAUUAGAGACUUUGCAGUUAGAAUGGGUUAAUGAUUUAGAAUCACUUCCAGCUGCAUGGCUACGAAAUCUUGUUUCACUUCGAAGACUUUCCAUUUUCAACUGUAAUGGACUUAGGUCUUUCCCUGGUGGAGGCAUUCAACAUCUCACCUCGCUUCAAGAUAUGAAAAUUUGGGAUUGUAACGAGCUUGUUUUUCUAAAUGAUGAAGAUGAUGGUAUGCAAUGGCAAGGCCUUAGGAGCCUUAGUUCACUCUAUUUUACUGGACUUCCAAAACUGCUGUCUCUACCAAAUGGACUUCAACAUAUUACCACUCUUCAAAAACUCCAAAUUCGUGAUUGUCCUAAUUUGACAGCUUUACCAGAGUGGAUAGGUAACCUCAAAUCACUUCAAGAGCUUAACAUUAGCAAAUGGCCCAAUUUGACAUCAUUGCCUCAAGAGAUUUGUUAUCUCACCUCUUUACAAGAUUUGGAGAUUGAAAAUUGUCCUAAUUUGAUUGCUUUACCAGAGUGGAUAGGUAAUCUCACAUUACUACAAAGGUUUAAAAUUGACGAAUACCCCAAUUUGACAUCAUUGCCUGAUGGAAUGCGUCAUCUCACCUCUUUACAAUAUCUUAACAUUGAAAAUUGUCCUAAUUUGGUGGCUUUACCCGAGUGGAUAGGCAACCUCACAUCACUACAAAAGCUUGAAAUUAGCCGUUGCCCCAAUUUGAGAUCAUUGCCUCAAGGGAUUCGCCAUCUCUCCACUUUACAAUGCCUUACAAUUGCUAAUUGUCCUCUUUUACGACAAAGAUGUCAGAGACAGGCAGGUGAAGAUUGGCCUAAGAUUGCUCAUAUUCCAUACUUAGAUGUGGAUUGGUACUUGGAGUAUGCAAGAGAACCAAUUGAGGCAAAGAAUAAAGUUUGGCUCAAAAUUCGGACCUUAUUUGAAAACAGAAAUUGUGCAACAUUUCACAAAACUCAGUGAAUCAUAGCGAAUUUCUUGGCACUUUGAGGGGAGGACUUUGUUGGGCUUUUGGAGCCUAGUUGUGUUUGAUCUGGAUGAUGACCCGACCCGAAAUAAUGUUGCGUGGUUUUUAAUGGGAGAUUUUCUCAGGUUUCCCUGACAAUAGUGAAAUCCCUGCAACUUUGUGAAGGUAGGGAAAUUACUGAAUCAGGUAAAUACUGUCUUGUGCGUGUGAUUAUUUUUCUUUAGCAUGUGUUUUCUCUAUUUUGUUUCUCAUGGGUUUGGGAAUUUCGAAUUAAUUCCCUACAACUGGUAUCAAAGCCUAGGCUUUAGGUUUGAGUGGGAGCAAUGGCAAAGGAAGCAGGAAAGGUGUCUAGAAUAGAAAAGUUUGAUAGUACAGACUUUGGAUUCCGGAGGAUGCAAAUCGAAGAUUAUCUUUAUGGAAAGAAGUUGCAUCUGCCGCUUCUAGGGGAAAAACCUGAGACUAUGAAGGCUGAGAAAUGGGCUCUUCUUGACAGAUAGGUACUGGGAGUUUUUAGGUUAACUCUAUCUAGGUCUGUUGCACACAAUGUUGUAAAGGAUAAGACCACAGUAGAUUUGAUGAAGGUUUUGUUUGGUAUGUAUGAAAAACUGUCAACAAACAACAAGGUGUAUUUGAUGAAGGUUUUGUCUGGUAUGUAUCAAAAACUGUCAACAAACAACAAGGUACAUUUGAUGAAGAAACUGUUCAAUCUGAAGAUGGUAGAGAACGCAUCAGUAGCACAACAUCUGAAUAAAUUUAACACUAUCACAAAUCAAUUGUCGUUUGUAGAAAUUGAUUUUGAUGAUGAGAUUUGUGCACUAAUCGUUUUGGCUUCUUUGCCAAACAGUUGAGAGGUAAUGAGGAUGGCAGUAAGCAAUUUUAUAGGAGAAUAAAAGCUGAAGUACAAUGACAUACGAGAUUUAAUUCUGGCUGAGGAGAUUCGCAGAAAAGAUGCAUAUGAAACCUCAAGAUCUAGUUCUGCCCUAAACCUUGAGACAAAAGGCAAAGUUAAUGAUAGAAAUUCUAAUCGGGGCAGAUCAAAAUCUAGAAAUUCUAAUCGGAACAAAAGUAAAUCUAGAUCAGGCCAACAAAUACAAUGUUGGAACUGUGGAAAAACAAGUCAUUUUAGGAGGAAAUGCAAAAGUCCUAAGAAGAAGAAUGAAAAUGAUUCUACUAAUACUAUAACAGAAGAGGUAUAGGAUGCAUUACUUCUUGCAGUAGACAGUCUACUUGAUGAUUGUGUUUUGGACUUAGAAGCUUCGUUUCAUACCACUCCACAUCAAGAAAUCAUACAGAACUAUGUUGUAGGUGAUUUUGGUAAGGUGUAUUUGGUUGAUGGUACAGCCUUGGAUGUUGUGGGUAUGUGAGUCGUCUGUAUAUUGUUGCCCAAUGAGUCUAUUUGGUUACUGGAGAAGGUUUGACAUAUUCUUGACUUGAGGAGGAAUCUGAUUUCUGUCGGACAACUUGACGAUGAAGGGCAUGCAAUACUAUUUGUUGAUGGUACUUGGAAGGUUAUAAAGGGAGCCAGAGCAUUGGUUCAUAGAAAGAAGACUGGUACUCUAUAUAUGACCUCAAGUCCAAGAAAUACAAUUGCAGUUGUUGAAGCAAGUACUGAUACAAGCCUAUGACACCGUAGACUUGGUCACAUGAGUGAGAAAGGGAUGAAGAUGCUGCUGUCAAGAGGAAAACUACCAGAAUUGAAGUCCAUUGAUUUUGAAAUGUGUGAAAGCUGCAUCUUAGGAAAGCAGAAAAAGGAGAGUUUCUUGAAAACUGGCAGGACACUGAAGGUUGAAAAAUUGGAGUUGGUACACACUGAUUUGUGGGGGCCUUCUCUGGUUGCAUCCCUUGGAGGUUCAAGGUACUACAUCACUUUCAUUGAUGACUCAAGCAGAAAUGUAUGAGUUUAUUUUCUGAAAAAUAAGUCUGAUGUAUUUGAAACUUUAAAGAAGUGGAAGGUCAUGGUUGAGACAGAAACAGGUUUGAAAGUAAAAUAUUUGAGGUUAGAUAAUGGAGGAGAAUACAUAGAUGGAGGGUUCAGUGAGUAUUGUGAUGCACAAGGAAUUAGGAUGGAGAAGACUAUUCUUGGAACACCACAGCAGAAUGGUGUGGCUGAGCGCAUGAACAGAAUUCUCAAUGAGCAUGCUAGGAGUAUGAGGUUGCAUGCUGGACUAUCAAAAACUUUUUAGGCUGAUACUGUUACGGGCAUCAGUCUAAAAUAUGUUUUUUCAUUGGCUAUGGUGAUGAGAAAUUUGGCUAUAGGUUUUGGGAUGAACAAAACAGGAAAAUCAUCAGAAGUAGAAAUGUGAUAUUUAAUGAACAGGCUAUGUACAAGAGCAGGUCAACUGUAGUAUUAGAUGUUACAGAGAUAGAUUAAAAGAAAUCUAAAUAUGUCAACUUAGAUGAAUUGACUGAAAGUACUGUCCAGAAAAGGGGUGAGGAAGAUAAGGAGAAUGUAGACUCACAGGUAGAUCAAAGUACACCUGUAACUAAAGUCCGUAGAUCUUUCAAGACCAUUAGACCUCCACAGCGUUAUUCACCCACUCUAAAAUAUCUCCUGUUGACUGAUGGUGGUGAGCCAAAGUGUUAUGAAGAAACCUUGCAGGAUGAAAAUUCAAGCAAGUGGGAGUUAGCCAUGAAGGAUGAGAUGGAUUCCUUGUUAGGGAAUCAGACAUAGGAAUUGAUUAAAUUGCCAGUAGGAAAGAAGGCUUUGCACAACAAGUGGGUAUACAGAAUAAAGAAUAAGCAUGAUGGCAGAAAGCAUUACAAGACCAGAUUAGUUGUCAAAGGGUUCCAGCAGAAGAAGGGCAUUAACUAUUCAGAAAUAUUUUCUCCA